AGGCAUUUUUAGCCGUUACUAAGACCGCCAUCUUUUUAAAAGAUACGCUGUCAUCAUGGGCUAAAUAUAAGGCUUUUAUAACAGCCAAUCAAAAGGACAAUCGAAAGCACAGUAACUAUGAAUGGAUUUCGAUGGCGGUGAAAUGUCAAACAAAAACAACGCUUCAUAAAUUUAAACGCGAAUAUUUGGAGUAAAGCGACAGUUGUGCCACUACAUUGGCCUCUGUAAGUUUAAAUAAUCAUAAUAUCAUAAACUUAUCUAUUUUAAAGAUGUUACAUGCAUUAAUAAAGAAAUUGAGUUUGCCACUUGGAACUAAAGGCAUCCAAUCGUAGCUAAAAACAAACACAUCAGUAUAUCAUCUCAACGUUUUUAGCUACGUUCUCGUAGCUAUAGCGCUGUGUGCAAGUUACGAUAAAUAAUAAUAAUGUUUGUUGACAUUCACAUUGUAUAGUCUCGUUAUAUAGUUCAUAGAUAGGUUUGUUUUAAAAUCGAUAGCAUUCAUGCUAGCCUUUGGUUUUAUUUUAUUAACCCAAGAUUGUCUAAGUGUCUUUUCACAAAUCAAGUGCAAACAGGUGACAGUGUCUUAUUGUUUUUCAUAAAAGAAAAGUAAUUUUUAUUAUGGAUAUUUGUUGCCACCUAAAUUCUUCUCUCGGGUUCUAAUUUGCUUAUUUUGUUUUAAUGUGUGCAAUAAUAUUAGGAGUAUGUUUGUAUUUAUAGGGAAUAAAGAUGAUGCACUACCGGUUUAUGGCUAUCAUUCCAAGUGUUAUUCGAGAUUCACAGACAGAACAAAGAUUGAACGGGCUACUAAAAGUGUUGCAUUACAGUCUGGUGAGAAGCAAACGAGUGAUGAGAGUCCAUCCACGUCUAGACAAGGUUUGCGAUCAGCCGCCACUAAAUUAUCAACCACCCAAGCUGUCCACCUGCGAGGACAUGUCUUGCCUCCUGUGUGCAUUAUCUGCAAAAAAGUACCUUUGUUCUACAGGUGUCAGAAAAAGACUGUCUCUGAUAAGCUGGUUUUAGCAGAAACUAAAGAUGGGGGGCGACUUAGAGAAGCAGCAAUUAAGAAAGAAGAUGAAACCAUUCUCAGGCACAUCAGAGAUAAAGACUGUGUUGCUGUUGAAGUUAGGUACCAUCUACGAUGCUACAAGGAUUAUGUUCGAUUCCUAACAAGAAAACCCACAGUUCAGUCAUCAGGGUCUUCAGAGGUGUCUGCAUAUGAGAAAACCUUUGAUAUAUUUUGUGAAGAUGUGAUUAGAAAAAGAAUUAUUUUCAACAAAGUAAUUCUGCGAAUGGCCAAGUUAUUAGAUAUGUUUAUUAAGAUGGCAAAGGACAUUGAACAAGUCGACAUUUCAAACUACCGGGCAUUUCACUUGAAGAAAAGGCUACAAAGUAAAUUUCCACAACUUGUUUUUUAUUCUUCCUCGAAAACAAUCAAAAUUGAGAGUUCAGAAGUUACAUGUAGUACCACAGAGACAGGCACUGAUGCAGAGCCUGUGAAUGUUAAUAGGUAUCGAGAUCAAAACCAAUUGCAUACUUUGUACACAGCAGCAAUGCAUUUGAGACAAGGGCUUGACAAAACAGAUGGACUUAAAGGACCAUGGCCCCGAACAGUAAAAGAUUUAUCGGCUGAGGCUGCAAAGGCUUUAAUACCAAUUCCAUUGUUUAACAUAGUCGCAUGGAUUCUUGGGAUUUCUGAUGAACCAACGCUAGAUAAUUUUGUGACUGUGAAUGAAUCAUCUAAACUAACAUCUAUUAUUCAAAAUUUGAUCUACCUAUACAGUCACAUGGUAAAAAGCAAACACCGAAAUCAAUUUGCCUUGGUAUGA